AGGUGACCAUCGAAACAACACGUGUGCGGUGCAUAUUUUUUUUCAUCUUCAAGUAAAUACAUCGUCGUCAAACAAGAGUAAAAAUGCCAUCGAAAAACAAAUCAAGCAUAACCAGGAAGAAGAUUGCUGAUAUGACAGCCGAGGAGCUGAUGGCAGCUUCUGAUUCCGACAGCGAUGAUGUCUCGGACCUUGAGAUUGCAGAAGAUGAUGAAGAUGCUGAGGAAAGCUUUGGAGAUGAUGAGGAAGGAAGUGAAGAUGAAGAAGAAGAAGACGUGGUAGAAGAAGGAGAAGAAGAGCUUGAAGGAGAAGAGGAAGAAGAAGAGGAGGAUGAAGGAAGUGGUGAUGAUGAAGAGGGAACAGCAGAAGAAGGGUUUACAGUCCCAGGAAAAAUGAGUCAACACAAGCAGAGUAUCGAGAAGUUGAAGGAAACUGACCCAGAGUUUUACAAGUUCUUGGAGGAGAAUGACCAAGAGCUUCUCCAGUUUGAAGACUCGGAUUACACGAGCGAUGAGGAAGGACCUGUACAUGAACUUCCUGAGGAACUCGAGGAUUUUGUAGAUAGUGACGAUGAAGAUUACACCACAGAAGGAGACGGCAGCAAAGCUCCAAGAAAAUCCGACAAGGAUGUCUCUCUAGCCAUGGUGGAAAAAUGGCGGAAACAGCUUCAGGUGUUCUCACUGAACAGUUUGCAUGAGGUUGUGAAGGCAUUCCGUGCUGCUGUUCAACAGAUAUCAUCAGAUGCUGAAGUCAGUCAGUACAGAGUAGAAGGCAGCGCAGUAUUCAAUGCAAUGGUGAGUCUAUGCUUGAAGCAUGUCCAUCCCACUCUGCAGAAAGUCUUGGAAAUGGAGGACAAACCUGUGAAAAAGAGAAAUCUUCCCACAACAUCCAAGAAGUGGCAUCAGGUACAAGCCACCGUGAAGAUCUACAUUACGGACAUUGUGAAGCUCCUGAAGCAGUUAUCUGAAACAACGAUUGUAUGCGUCGUUCUGCGCCAUAUUCAUCGUAUGAUCCCGUACUUCUGUUGCUUCCCUCGGCUUACCAAAGACCUUGUUAAGAAACUGGUAACCCUGUGGAGUACCGGUGAAGAGGCAGUGAGAGUCUUGUCUUUUCUAUCUCUGUUUUCCGUUCAUCGAUGUAUGCAGAAAAACAGCUGGCUGGAGUACAUUCUUAAGCAAAUGUACUUGGCAUAUGUACGCAACUCAAAGUUCACGUCACCAUCUACACUGCCUCUGAUUAACUUUAUGCAGCGUUCUUUGACUGAGAUGUUUGCAUUUAACACGCAGUUGGCGUACCAGCAUGGGUUUGUGUACAUCAGACAGCUUGCAAUACAUCUCCGCAACGCAAUCACAGUGAAAAAGAAGGAUACUUACCAGUCUGUUUAUAACUGGCAGUACAUCCAUUGUUUGAAUCUAUGGUGCCGUGUAUUGGGAACGCUUCACGCCGACGAGACCCUUCGGCCACUCAUCUAUCCUCUGGUUCAGACAGCCAUCGGAGUUAUCAAGUUGAUUCCAGCUUCACGCUACUACCCUUUACGCUUCCAAGUCAUCCGCUCGCUCAAUCUCCUCUCAGAAGCUACAGGAACGUUUAUUCCACUCUUGCCGUUCCUUCUCGAGAUUUUUGAGACGACUGACUUCAACAAGAAGCACACAAGCGUGUCGUUCCGACCUAUGAACUUUGCUGUGAUGCUGAAGGUGUCCAAGUCGCAGCUCAACGAACGUGGGUUCAAGGAUGGGUUGAUUGAUCAGCUCUAUGAUGUAAUGUUGGAGCAGCUUAACAUCCAUAGCUAUUCUAUUGGAUUCCCUGAACUGGCAUUUCCAGCGAUAUUGCAGUUGAAGUCUUUUCUAAAGAAGUGCAAGGUUGCCAAUUACUGCAAGGUGAUGAAAGGUCUCCUUGAGAAAGUACAAGAGACGUGCAAAGAGGUGACCAAGCAGAGAGACUCUGUGACCUUCGGUAUCACCAAUGAUGCAGCAGUGAAAGCUUGGGAGAACAAGUUGAAGACACAAGGCACAACUCUGAGCAAACAUUACGAAACUUACAAGAAGCUGAGAGAGAGAGAGUUAAGACAUGAGGAGGCUGGCAAGGAAAGGAUGCAAGACGACCUCCCAACACUGAAAAAGAAGCAUCUUGAGAGAAAGGAAGAAGACAAGAGAGAGUUUGGUGAACUCUUUGAUGAAGACAGUGACUCCGAGGAUGACAUUCUUGUCCGAGCCGAAAGGAAGAAAGAAAGGUACACGGCGAGCAAGAAGGGGAGAAGGAGGCAGAGAAAGGGCAACGAUGACGAGGAAGACAUCGAUAGCCUAGAUGAUGAUGACGAUGACGAAGAUGAUUAUGAUGAAGAUGAUGGAGAUGACCUGGAGGAUGAAGAGGAGGAGGAGGUCAAGCCAGCCAAGGUCAAUCCAAUGUCAAAGGUUAAAGGUAAAAUCAAGGUCAUGGAGGAGGGAGAAGACAAAGAGGACAUUGUUCAGGAUUUUAAUUUCUGGUCCGAUGGCGAAGACGAGACGACAGAACCUAAGAGGAAAAAGAAGAAGUUAGAAAAGAAGAAGACGAACACUGGGCAACAGAAACGGAAAUUUGACGGGAUGAAAAGAGUCAAGCCAAUGAUGAAAGGGAACAAGAACAAAAUGGGCAAGGGAGGCAAAUCAAGGCAUUAAAAAUAGCCGACAGGAGGUUGUGUUCUUUUCAAAACCAAUUAGAGAAUUAAAAAUAGCUGACAGGAGGUUGUGUUCUUUUCAAAACCAAUUAGAGAAUUAAAAAUAGCUGACAGGAGGUUGUGUUCUUUUCAAAACCAUUUAGAGAAUUAAAGGGGUGUAAUUAUUCACCUUUUGCCCGAUA